ACCAAUGCUCGCUCGCUGCAUUUCUCUCCGCUUCCUCUCCUCCUCAAAUCUACCCGCUCAUCUACCCGCCGCCACCCCAGACUUCAUCUCUCUACUCACCCGCUGCUCCACCUUCAACCACGUAACCCAAACCCACGCCUUCGCAAUCCCCCGCGGCCUCGAUCGAGACAACCUCCUGCUCUCCAAGUUCAUCUCCGCUUGCUCCCUCUUGGGUUUCAGAGACUACGCCUAUUCAAUCUUCAGACACCAACAACAGCCCAAUGUCUAUCUAUUCAACACCGUGAUCAAAAUCUUGUCCCAAUCUGAAUCAGCUAGAGGCGCCAUUGUGUUGUUUAAGGAAAUUCAGCAAGUGGGUCUUCGGCCUGAUACCUAUUCCUUCCCUUUCGUGCUCAGGGCGGUUGCUAGCCUAUCGAGUCUCGAGUUGGGUAAACAGAUUCAUAGUCAGAUUCUAAGACACGGGUUGUCAUCAGAUAUCCACGUAUCGACUGGUUUGGUUCAUAUGUAUUCAAACUGUGGGAGUGUCGAUGAUGCCCGUGUUGUGUUUGAUGGAACGACUCACAGAGAUGUUGUUCUCUGGAACGCGAUGGUUGCUGGCUAUGCCCGUGUUGGAGAUGUUGAUGGUGCAUGUGGACUAUUUGAUCGGAUGCACGAAAGAAAUGUGGUAUCUUGGACUACGGUGAUUGCUGGGUAUUCCCAAAUGAAUCGUCCAGAUGAGGCGAUUGGAGUUUUUAGGAGGAUGCAGGUUGAAGAUAGCAUCGAACCAGAUGAGAUUGCGUUGUUGGCUGUGCUCUCGGCUUGUGCUCAGUUGGGUGCCUUGGAUUUGGGGGAAUGGAUUCAUGGGUUUAUUGAUAGGAAAAGGUUAUAUAAAAUUGUUCCGCUGAUGAAUGCUCUCAUUGACAUGUAUGCCAAAUCGGGUAAUAUAGAAAAAGCACUUGAGGUUUUCGAGAACAUGAAGAAUAAGAGCGUGGUUACUUGGACGACGAUGAUUGCAGGAUUUGCUUUACAUGGGCUUGGCAAUGAAGCUCUCGACAUGUUCAAUAGGAUGGAAAAGGAGAGUGUUAAGCCUAAUGAUGUUACUUUUCUAGCCAUUUUAUCCGCUUGUAGUCAUAUUGGACAAACCAAUUUGGGCAAAUGGUACUUCGAACGGAUGAGCUCUCAUUAUCAUAUUAAACCGAAAAUUGAGCAUUAUGGAUGCAUGGUUGAUCUCCUCGGUCGUGCUGGAUGUCUAAUAGAGGCUCACGCUUUAAUCAAGGAGAUGCCUUUUGAAGCAAAUGCCGCAAUAUGGGGAGCUCUUCUGGCUUCUGCGAGAAUGCGUGGAGAUGUUGAGAUGGGAGAGCUUGCCUUGAGACAUCUCGUUGAGGUUGAGCCUCAUAACAGCGCUAAUUAUACUCUUUUGUCUAAUAUUUAUGCAGCAUGAGUAAAGGUUCCGGGAGGGAGUUCUAUUGAAAUAGAUGGGAGGGUCCAUGAGUUUACUUCGAGAGAUGGUGCACAUCCUUGUUUUGAAAGGAUAUAUGAAGUUCUUUGUGAGGUGAAAGAACACUUGAAAUUGAUUGGAGAUUUUCCUGUACUUAUUGGUACUGCUUGAAUUUGAAGGACAAAUUCUACAUAGAUUGAGGAAAACAUUCAUGAACAGAGGAGACUGCAAAAGCCGCUCGAAAACAAAGAUCUAUAUAGACUGUGAAUUCCAGGUAUACGAGGAUUACAUACACCUCAAUUUUUAAAAGGACACCCUACAUAGUUUAGCCUUCAGAAAGUUACCUUGAUACACAUACACAGAGGCGCGCAAGCGCGCACAGAUUUCUUAACUAAUUCACACCAUCCCCACUCAAACUGUUAUUUGAUUCAUCUGUUCCAGGUCUUGAUGCAUUUCAUAUCUAGCAUCACGAAACUGGUAGGCCCAAGGAGUAUGCGAAACUUAACAACUACAACUAGCUCAGAAGUUCUGUUGUAUAUUUUGCUCUAGUGUUUAGCUUGCUUUUAAGGACUUAGUGUGAUUGUUCAGGCUUAUAUACUAUAAUAGCAUUAAAGUUUUGUGUUUUGAUUUUUGAUUUUAAUUUAGUUAGACUUGUGAUUUUGUUUUUCUUUUUCAUCAAAGUUGUCCCGUAAG